CCACCCUCUGCCUGCCUCCCUCCCUCCUCUCUGCGCAAGAGCCAGCUCCCAAGGUGUGACUGGUCCGGCCGGAGGACAGAGGUGCUGUACCAUGUCCAGGUAGGACACCGCCAGAAUAACAAGCAUCCCAAGACAGCCUCUCCCAGGCCUUGAGCUCGGGUGGCUUCUCUGCUUCCUGCAGCAGCUGGGUGAGGGAGAAGAGCUGGGAUAGCCCCACGAAUCCAGCCGCUGCCCGCAGCACCCCUAGGAUGGAUUCCAAAGGCAACGUCCGAAGCGGAAACAAACCCGAUGCCAAGGCCGCCGGCUCCGGGAAGCCGGAAAAGCCCAACCCCGGGCCUGCCACGAAUGCAGACAAGAAGGAGGCCCCCAAAGAGCAGCCUGCUCCUGCCACGGCCACCAAGAAGGCAGGAGGUGACGCCGCCAUCGCCAACAACCACAGCAACCUGAAGCCCAGCGCCACCGGCACGGAGAUGCAGGAGGCCAGCGGGCAGUCCCCUGACUCUGACCACAAGGGAAACAGCUCUGAGGAGUCCCCGGGCAGCUUCUUCGACAACAUGAAGCCCUUGAUCAUCGUCGGAGGAGUGGCGGUGGCUGCGCUGGCUGUGAUUGUGGGAGUGGCAUUCCUAGCCCGGAAAAAAUGAAGACCGAGAAGGGGUGGGGAUGAGAAACCCAGCCCAGCUGUACAGCUCCUUUUGAGACAAAUGCAUGCAGAGAAAUUCUAUACAUAGCUAUAUAUAUAGAGAGCGAGCUAGAUAGGCCAACAACAAACACCAACUGCAACUCCAGGGUCUUGUUCAAGACGACUGUGCCAGUCUGACCCGCUGUGGGUAACUCCAUGCACUCAGUGUGUUCUUUCAUGUAAUAUAUCUUGGCUUAUA